UCCAGCCACAGUCCAGAGAGGGACUUUGGGCUGUGCUAAUGUGUGUGCGUGCGCCUUGGUUAUAGCCUCAAGCUUUCCUGGAUGACUAUGAAACUAACCGCCAUCAAUGAAGGACCACAAUACGGCACGGCACUGGGGAACUUCCACAGCUUGUCCACACCUUUGUCAAAGGUCAUUGACCUCUGAGAAAGGAUUGAUCUGGUGUCAUUUCUAUUUGUCAAUGAUACUGAGCUUUCAUGUGUCGGACCAGUGCUUUAAUCAAGUGAGGAGAUGGCCAAGGUGUACAGACUCUAUGUAGGAAUAGUAGCAGCUCUGGCCUUAUGCAAAUACUCCCUGGCAGAAUGGAAUGCCACUGACGAGUCUGCCAAUCGAACUGUGUCCCACUGUCAUCACCAUGGCAACAGAGACAAUUGCACAGCAGACACAACAGCCACAACAGACACGGGGCAGUGGGGUGGCCACUUCUCAAAAUGUCCCGAGGAACUGACAAGCUACUGCAUCCACGGGGAGUGUCGUUACAUUCAAGAACAGAAGGCGCCGUCUUGCAGGUGUCAGCGUGGUUACAUCGGUUCCAGGUGUGAAUAUCUGGACCUAGACUGGCGGAUAGGAGAGAAACGACAAAUCAUAAUUGCCUGCGUCAUCGCGGGACUUGUUUUCCUCAUUCUUGUCAUUGUGUUCAUCUGCAUUUGUUCAGAUCGUAGAUGCAGAUUGUGUUGGCGGAGGGGACGACGGAGAGAAGAACCAAGGAACGGGACAGAGAAGCUCAGCAUGAUGGACACCAGCACGACACACACAACCUCAAUGGCAGACUCAACAGAGCCACCACACACCAAUGCUGUAUAAGAAGUGUGUGUGCGGUCACAAGUCUGGGAAUUGUUUAGACAUGAGAGAUUUUUGUCCUUCGUGUGACAGCUGCUGCCUUUUGCCUCGUGUGUGACAGCAGUGUGCUACAGGUUGUCCCUCUGUGCCAGACAGGACAGAGGCCAGCUCGAACAAGGAGAGACAUUUCUGGAUAAAGGCUGUGUAAGAUCAAGCAGAAGCACCAAUGAUUGCACCCUCCUUUAAAGGGCAGCCUUGCCUGAAACUCUGAUGAAGCUUCAGGACAAAGAGGAUGAUAAACACAAGUUGGAGACAAGUGUUCAGCUGGUUGUGUGUUGUCAAGGACUUUUAUUUCCACGCUGUGGAGCAACAGGCGCUUGUAGCCUCUCACAAAGCACUGCUGACUGCACAACGCCAAAUUGGCUGUUGCUAUGUUGGAAAAAGAUGUGACACCAGCUGGCAGCUUAUGUUAACACUUAAUGGGGUUAUUGGUCGUCGUGGGAGACAGACACUAAAGAAUGAGAGGAAAAGGACUGUGUGAAGAUACUGCACUCCAAAAAUAUAUGCAAUAUUCCAAGUACCAGCUGCUACACAAUAACUGUCUCAGUAUGCUGUGUCUUUGUGUCAUGUUGUUUCUGCUUUGUUUAUUGCUGGUAAACUAUUGAUCCACAUCACAAAAAAUCAGCAGUUGGCAUCAUUUAUUCCUCUAUCCAACGCCUCUAUGUAAACUCACACAGAAUAUUGUUACUCAUCAACAUUAGCAAUGCAAGGAGAGCCUUCUAUAUACUAAAAGGUUGCAGUUCUGGAUUCCCAGGUUGGAAGAGGACAAGGAGAACUUGUGCUGGAGGCUUUUUUGAACUGUAUAUUUGGAGCCCAGCAGCCUCCGAGCUACAGGAGGCAGAACAGCCGAGCCUGUGUGUGGAGGCUCAACUGAGGUGAAAGUGCUCCACUGUAUGAGACGGUUCCUAAACUGCCAGCCUUUCACUGGGCUUUUAAAUGUGUAUCUGUAUGUGUAAUAACUCUGCAUCUAAAUGUAGAAUGAAGAGAGUUGGGGCAGAGUCAGUGAAGUCUGUUCCUGAUGUCUGUGUGUCAUCUAUCAAUAAAUAUGUCUACUGUA